AUUGCAUUCUGUGUAUUAUUCCAGGCGGUAUCGGCAGGGUUGACAUGUUUUAAAAAAAGCAUACUAUGCUGAGAAUAUAAUUUAAAACAUUUCUUGGUACUUAAGGCAAAACUUUAACAAUUUUGUGGUGGAUAAUUUACUUAUUAUCACUUGAUCCAGAAACUUAUAUUUUAAAAUUAAAAUUUAUUUACCACUGUACUGGUCAGAUUAUUUGAAUAUUUAAAACCACUCGAAUUAAUGAUUGAUGUUGUCAAACCUCACCCAAUAUUUGCAAUUUUGUCAGAAAUUAAAUACAAAUUGUGCAAUGAUGUCCUGAAAAUGACUUCCAGUUAUUAUGUUUGCCCACCAUUAUAUUUGACGGUACUGGGUUCGUGUAAAUAACUGGACAUUGAACAAAAGACUAUAUUAACACAUAACUGACGAAGGUAAUACAACGUGGUAGGUACAUGACUGACUUACGGAAACGGACAUGAUGCAUUGCAUUGUUACCAAACUAAACUACAAUACUACAAUACCAACUUAAAAAUAUAUUCGCGUUCAAUACAUCACAUUUCCUCCCCAUGUUAACAAUUCAAAGAUCUAAUUUUUGUGGUGGUUUAAUAGUUCGUGUACUACGCCGCAAUGGUUCAACAGAAACAACCUCGGCUACAGAUUUAUCGAUUGAUACAUUGCUAUCCGACACUAUCGGCUUAACAGGACUAGUAAUGUUUGGAGUGAAUUAUCCACCGGUGUGACACUAUCGGUCACUGUAAGUGGUACAAAAGGUACAUGAUAUGUGGAAGGAUUCACUUCUACCUCCUCCAAAAAACUUUUUCGUAACGAAUUUACAUGCUUAUACAUAAUUUUGUCUUCCACUUUGACCAAAUACGUUACUCCACUUACAACUUUCAUAACUACACCUUCCUUCCAUUUCACAUUACUACCAGGACCCAAUCCACCUACUAACACUUUUUCUCCAACUGUAAAAAUUGGUGGACUAUUAAAUUUUUCCGGUUCUUUUAAAAUGAUCGCAGUGUUAUUAGUUGGUUUGAGCAUGUCCAAUCUAGUUCUUGGUUUAAAUUUAAACAACCACUCGUUUGGACUUUUACCUGUUGAAUUAGGUGUGUUACGGUACGAAAACAGAAAAUUUAUUACUUGCUGUUCUAUGCCUAAACUAGAAUCUACCCUUAUAAAUUUAUAAAGAGCAUGUUUGACACUUCCUAUGGUUCUUUCAGCUAGCUAAUCCAUUGGAUUGGGGGUGAUAUGGUGGUGAUUUUAAAGGUUGAAUACCAUUUACUUGGCAAAAUUUUUGAAAUUCUCCCGAAUUGAAUGGGGGUCCAUUAUCACUCAAUACAAUUUGGAAUGCCUAAUAUUGAAAACGUCGAUUUACAUUUUUCAAUCGUCUGAACUACAUCUGUGCCCCUCAUCAUGGCAUGAAUAUCUACCCAUUUAGAUUUGCUGUCAACAAUUAAUAGAAAGGUUUUGCUUUUAAAAUGAAAGAAAUCAAUAUGAACUCUUUGUCAUAUACGAGGGGUUGACCGCUGGGCAAAUGUGGUGUACAGUCCCGAGGAAAUGAUGAGCAAAUGUAGCAAAUGUUGGGUAAAUGUAGCGAAUGUUCAGGAAAUGUGGCAAAUGUUAAGGAAAUGUAGUAAAUGAUGAGGAAAUGUAGCAAAUGUUUAGGUAAUGUGGCAAAUGUUAAGGAAAUGUAGAAAAUAGUUUAGCAAAUGUUUAAGAAAUGUAGUAAAUGUUUAUGAAAUAUGACAUAUCAAUGCGAGUAUCAAUGAUUUGUAAAUGUAAAGAUAAAUGUAUAUCAGACGCUUACAAUUCGUGAAAAUUAUGCAAAAAAAUGUGUUUUAACAUUCGUUCAUGUAGUGCAGUCGUAAAUCAUGUGCUAGAGUCCUUACCCUAUACACCGAAAAAGUAAUAGAAUGAUUGUUACAUUUCGAUUGCAUACAUUGCUUUUUUUGUUUUGAAAUUUAAGAAUCUCGGAGAGACUUCAUUUCGAGUUCAAUUGCAAAGAUUAUUGUUUGAUACAUAAUCACAAAUUUUUAUGAAUUCAAUCGGAUUAAUAGAACAAAAUUCUUAUGGGAAUUUUUACUUAGAUUAAGUACAGUCAAGAAAUACGACAAAGGCUAUAACAAAAUGUGACUUAAUUGAUUUUAAAUGUUGUGAUACACCUGCUCAAAUUCAAAAGUUCAAAGAAAAUGCCUACGGCUAUGUGUAGUCCAAGCUAUUUUCGAGAAUAAUAAGAAUUGAAAAGGAAAUAUUGUUCUACGAAUUAUUUUCAUUUUUAUGAAGUACAUAGCAACAAACAUAUAUGUAUAUAUGGCAACAAAUAACAGUCGUAACGAGGUCGGAAAUAAAGGUGGUUUAUUUAUGAAUAGCAUUUAACAGUGAGUCACCAUGCCUCGCUCUAUGCUGUGCAUUUUUACUGCGAUAGCAUUUUCUUGAAGUAUCAGUCUGACAAUGAACUUCGUUCUUCAUUCAUAAAGUACCCUUAUUCCCGUUUUUAUCGUUGAAUGCGCGGGUGGGUGUGCUCGUAAGUGUAACAAACAAUGGCGGUAACAGCAAAUAUUGAGACAAUCUCUGAUUGGGGAGAUACGGAGGAUACAUUUAUCAAUUCCAUUGAACAAAAACUAGAAGUCCAAAUUCCUCUAUUCUUAAAAAAUAUAGUAAAAGUGUCCGGUUUAGCAAAUAAAAUCGGGAUUAAAAAUUUAUCAGAGGACGAUAUUAAUAGGCUAGAGGAGUUUGUAAAAGGCGAACUUGUCGACUUGAUCGAUAAAGAAGAGUAUGAAAACUAUUAUGGGCCGUUGUUUAAGAAGAAGCCUACAAAUUUUAAAUUUCUUAUGGGACACAGAAAGUUAUUACUAGCCAUGAGUGAAUCACAACGUGAACUAACUACAACUACGUCUCAGCAACAAAAUAAACGCAAAGUCAAACCUAGCCGAGAACCCAGCAUUGCUUCGACGUGCAACAACACAAACCUUCAAAUGGCUGAAAAUUUAUCAAAAUAUAGUACCAAAAUAAAACAAAACAUUGUGUCUUGGGUUUUGUUACUAAAAAAAGAGAGCAAAAUCACAGAAGAUGAAGAACGAGAAUAUACCACUAAAAUAAAAAGCAUAGAAUACCAGUGUUCACCAGAUGACGACGAUUUUAUUUGCUGUUAUAUCCCAUGUUUCAUUUGCGAUGCGAAAGUAAAGGUGAAAAAACUGCCUAAGAAUCACAACACCCAUUGGUCUUUUUCGAAUUUUUAUCAACAUGUUAACAAACAUUUGAAAAAUAAGGACUCAAAUAAAGAUAAAUUCCAGGAUAACUCUAAGCCAAAAUCUAAGCGCACGAUUCGCCAACCCACACUACAUACAUUCUGUUCUGAACCGUCUACUAGUUCUUCCUUUAUACCCACCAUCUCUAGAGUAGAUGAGAAAAUAGGUGAAGACGCACAAGAAACAAGAUCAGAUGUUGAAGUCGUAGUAUCUGCUGUCUUAUCAUCAGAAGAAGAGGAUGAAGAUAUCAUUCAACCAAGAAAAAAAGCAAACAAGCAAAUAAUUUUAUCAGACAUUGAAAGCGGUACCGAACAGGAUUUUCCUCGGGAUUUUCAAACAGACGGAAUUGUACAUGAAGGGGCUUACAGUUCUGUUGAGCAAUCGUUACACCAGCCCCAACAACAACCGACUUCGGUCCUUGUUGAAAACAAGUGGUUAUCUCCGAAAUACUCGCGCUGUGAAAGAAAUCGACGUGGCCGCGAAAAUUCUUUUGAUGAUGAAAAACAGCUGCUUAUAACCAAUUUUUAUAAGCCACUAAAAGACAUUGAGAAGGUGUUAAUCGAAAAUAGUCAAUUAAAAGAAAUAAUUCAAGAACAAGCCAAAAAGUUCCGAUUAUUGGGUGACAAGGUUGGCGGUGCAUCGUUAACGGGAGCUCCUGUGUCAAUUUUUUUAAAUAUUAUGCUUGAUACAGCUGCUGCCAAUGCUUCCAAAACGAAAUCAAAAAACAGAUUUGACGAAAGUGUAAAAAAAUUCUGCUUGUACCUAUUCUUAAUUGGAGGGAGAAUGCUAUACGAGACAUUAUAUGCAAAUUUGAAAAACGUUAUUCCUUCAAUAACAACUUUACACCGUUCUAUUACUAAUUCAAAUAUACAAGAAGGGGAAUUACGCUUUGCAGAUCUGAGAAGAUUUCUUGAUAGUCGUGGAUUGCCAAGCGUCGUGUGGAUAAGCGAAGAUGCGACAAAGAUUACAGGGAAAAUAGGAUACUCUUCACACAAUAACUUGGUGGUUGGAUUUGUCAUUCCACAGCAUAAUGGAUUGCCACGUGAGAACUACUUCGAAGCAACUUCGGCACGAAGAAUCCAACAGAUCUUUGUGGAAGGAGAACGAGCUCAAUAUGGGUACGCAAUCAUGGCCCAAUGUCCAAUUGAUAAAACCCCUUCGUUUUGUCUUAACAUUUUCGGUACUAAUAACAAAUUCACGCAUAAUGAUGUAAUACAGCGAUGGGAACAAAUGAAGGUAUCUGCACGUCGGUAUAACAUAGAACUUUUGGGUUUCUCGUCAGACGGGGACACGAGGUUGCUGAAAGCGAUGCGGCUCACAACAAAACUUUCUAACCAGGUAACAGAAAAGUGGAAGUGGUUUCACAUGCCAUUAGAUACUGGCAAUAUUUGCACUCAGGACACAGUUCACAUCGGAACAAAAUUAAAAACGCGUUUAAUCAAUCAAAAAGUCACGCUCGCUCUUGGAAAUUUUAUAGCAUCAUCGGAUCAUCUUAAAACUCUAAUUGAGACUGUGUCUAAAGAUAAACACCUUCUGACCUUAGGAGACCUAAAUUCACAAGACAAAAUGAAUUUCCGAUCUGUUGAAAAAAUUAUUGCUCCUAAAGUGUCUGAACUUCUUAAAAAAAGUGUUCCAAACAGCGAAGGAACUGUUGCAUAUCUUAAAAUACUCAGAUCUGUACUUGAUGCUUUUCUCAGGAAAGACCUUAGUCCUGUAAGGCGAUUGCAACUGAUUUGGUAUGCGGUCUUUUUUCUUCGUAUAUGGAGGAGUUGGGUAAGAAAUUCCGAGUCAUACACAGUGACUGAAAAUUUUAUAACUCUCAAUGCGUACUUGUGUAUUGAAAUGAAUGCUCAUGCCCUGAUUAAGAUCAUCCGAAAAUUUAGGGAAGAAAAACUUGAUACGGAUUUUGCCACUUGGCUCUUCAGCUCUCAACCAUGUGAGCAAAUUUUUCGCGCUACCAGAUCACUCACGUCAACGUACUCUACGAUAGUUAAUUUUAGUUUAAUGGAAAUGUUGAACAGAAUUAAUAAAAUAGAGACUAUUGUAAGUAUUAUGAGUGAUUUGCGCGAUACAUUUGUAUUUCCACGGGAAGGGUCAUCUAGAAUGGGAACUGCACAUAACUCGAUUGGUAUUGUGUUCCCUUGUGAUGAAGAAAUCGAGUCAGUAUGUAUGACAGCAUUGCAAGAGGCGAUAAAUGAUUGCAAGUUAUUGGGUAUAUAUAACGAUCGAGAUAACGAUGAUACUCAAAACCUUUGGGAACAAAUUAUGAUAUUUGACGGGAGUAUUGAUUCACAACCGUAUAAAUUACAGGAUCCAGAUGCAUUGGAUUAUCAUUGUGUUGACUUAAAUUUGUCAGAAGAAUUUUCAUAUGAACCGGCUACGAAUGAUGUGUUACGCCAAUUUGUUGACCAACAGGAUGAUAGCGAAACAAGCGAGGAUCAAGAACAAGAUGAUGACCAUAGUGAUUCCUUAAUCAACUUCCAGGAUUUGAAUUUCGCUGACGUUCCUGUUGAAGAACCAAUUCAUGAAAGAAGCCCCUAUGUCAAAAUCAAAUGCCAAAAUGGUCAAAUUAAAACGAUAAGAAAGAAAACAUUGUGUUGGUUUUUGGACGAUAAUGUGAAAAGGUUGAGUUCUGAUCGUCUGCUGCGCGUUAGAGCAGAUCAGAAUUAUAACAGUCGCAGUCCGAGAACUGAAAGUACAUCUGAAACUCACCCACUUAAACCGGUUUUAGAAUCAUAUUAUGCGGUAUACUAUUCCGAAUCAUGGUAUAUAGGUCGCGUAAUAACCCAGUCUGAAGAUAAAUGUUACAAAAUCAAGUUUCUCCAGUCUCAACUCAAUACAUUCAUAUGGCCUAAAGAUGAUGACGUACAAACUGUGGACCAACAAUACAUUUUUUUUGGUCCAAUAAAGAUGAUCGGAACAAAUAACAUGACAAUCUCAGAAGAAAAUCGUAACGCCAUAAAAAGGAAAUACAAAUCAAUUAAAAAAAUGUAUAAGUAAUGUUGUUUAUUCAAACUAUUUUUAAAUUGUGUAUGUUUUAAGUCAAAAGUAAACUUUGAUUUGUAGUUGGGACAAUAUUGUAUAUUGUGUGUUUAACCUGUUCCAAAGCUCACAAAAUAAGAAAAUAUAUACCCAGGUAAUAUUUCAAUUACCAAAUGACCCGCGGAAAUGCUUGUACAUAUUUAACUGUAUGUAGUACCUAAAUGAUGAGCAAAAGUAACAAAUUUCUGGUAAAUUUAUAGCGAAUGUAGUAAAUGUUGUGUAAAUGCAGUAAAUGUGGCAAAUUUCUGGUAAAUUUAUAGCGAAUGUAGCAAAUGUUGUGUAAAUGUAGUAAAUGUAGCAAAUUUCUGGUAAAUUUAUAGCGAAUGUAGCAAAUGUUGUGUAAAUGUAGUAAAUGUAGCAAAUGUCUGGCAAAUGUAGCAAAUGUGGAAAAUGGCAAAUGUGGUGUACACAAUUUUGCCCAGCGGUCAACCCCUCGGUCAUAUAUAUAUUUUCUGUUUUAGGCCAAGAUAUUAAAUUAGUUUCACGAGCAUUGUUUUGUGACUCUUGACAUAUGCGACAUUUGUUUAUUGAUUGCUCUAGUUCCUCAUUUAAACCUGGCCACCAAACAGAUGUUCUCAUUUUGGAUCUUACGAUACCCACAUGAUCAGCAUGAAUUAGUUCCAAAACUUUUGACUUCAACACCUCCGGAAUUACUACUCUAUUACCAACCAUAACGCAAU